AUGUCUUCCGGAGUGAGGACGCGAGGGCAGAAAAGACGGAUGGGGGAGAGAGAUGUGUGGGAUUUGAUCGUGAAGAACGACGAUAUUUGUUUCAAACACAUUCUUCCGAGAUUGAAUGCGACUGAUGUGAAAUUCUUGUACGGAGUGAAUACAGAGACGAGAAAGUUGAUUAAGAGAUCAUCUCGUGCAAAAGAUUUGAAGAAGAGUUUCAAAGUUGAAGAGAUGUCAUCGAUAUCGACUUUGGAGUUUGUGUGGGAGAAUCGAUCGUUGUGGCCGAGUGACUGGGACGAUGAAAAAUGGUUCUGCUCUCGAGUUGCUGAAACGAAUAAACUCGAGUUGCUCAAGUGGGCGCGAGAGGAGAAAAAGUGUAAGUGGGAUGAAGGGACGAUUAAUAGGGCCGCAGAAAAAGGUAAUCUGGAAAUGAUAAAGUAUUGCGUGGCAAAGAAGUGUCCUUUUAAUAGGUGGGCGUGUGCAAAUGCUGCCCGAUACGGUCAUCUCGAGUGCCUCAAAUACUUACGCGAAGAAGUCAAAGCGCCUUGGGAUGAUCUUACUGCCAGUUGGGCGGCUUUAAAGGGUCAUCUCCACAUACUCGAAUAUCUUGUUGAGCGUAAGUAUGAUAAAUAUAGCGUAUCGGCGUGUGAGCUUGCAGCCAGGAACGGCCACUUCGACUGUUUGAAGUACUUGCGCGAAACCGCCAAAGCGCCGUGGGACUCUCGCGCCGUACGCUACGCGCACGAGAACAACCAAACCGAAUGUGUACAAUACCUCCUCGACAAACGCUGUCCUCUCCCAAUCGGUUGGCGAUACGAAGAUGGAGAGUUACACAGCUUGUAA